AUGGGCUUCACUUCCGCGUCCGCAGCUGAGAUGGGCCUCAGCAAGACCGAGUAUGAAGACGCUGUCAACCUUGAGAAGCUGUACUUUCUUGCCAAUAGCCACGACCAAUGCGCGCUGUGCGGCAGAGGGGGCGUGAGCUCUGUGGACCUGCAGCGCUACGAGUUCCUCUGCAACGGCUGCAGCGCGGGUAAGACGUCCGCGAAGAAGAUUGGCACCGACCGAUUCACGGCGUUUGAAGUGCAGAAACUGCUUAACAAGUUUGGAGGAAACAACACGAACAACCCGCGGGACAGCGGCAGCAGCCGCCUUCCCCGAAGCUCGUCAUCACGAGCCACCGAGAGGAGGAGGCGCCACGGCAGAGGGCAUUCGAGGAGGAGAGAUACGCCUUCUCCUUCCAGCGAAACCCAAGAAUCCAGCGAUGAUUCUCCCCCCAGGUCUACCUGGGCGCCUUCGAGGUCCCGCGGAAAUCGAGGUGAAAAGAACAGCAGCAGCAGGCGCAAAGGCGCCCACCAGGAGGACUUCGUUGCUGCUGGCUGGCCACAGCCGAAUAGUAACGUAUGGACGGGGGCCCCCGACACUGGGGCCCCGCAGGGUGGCCUCCAUCAAAGUAUUCCCGGAAUGGGGGGCCUAGCAGGUAUGGGUAUGGCUGCCGUGCCUCAUGCCCAGCAACAGCAACCACAGCAGCAACAACACCAGCCUUCCCCUCUGUGGAGACAGGGACAAACACCGCAAGGCCUCAUGACCCCAAGCAUGCAGCAAAUGCAGAUGCCCCAGCAUGGAGCCACUAUUGGCUCCUUCGUAGACGCCUCACAGCAACAGUGGAGAGCUUGUGGGGGGAUCCAGCCACAGCAGCAUAUGCAGCAGGUGCCUUCUGUUCCCCAGAUGCAGGCCUUGCAGCAGCCCAAUAGUUCUUUGUUCGGGGUACACCCGCAGCAGCAAGCGCUCGGAGUAGGAGGUACUCUUGGCCGUCCUCUGCAGAUGGUGAUGCAGCAGCAAUCGCAGCCGAAUCUUAUGUUGCAGCAGCACCAACAGCCAAACCCUAUGGUGCAGAUGCAGCAGCUCCAGCAGCCGCAACAGCAGCGCAACCCCUUCGCCAGCAUGCGGGGCCCACAGCAGCCAGCUGCGAGAUCUUCCAAUCCAUUUGCCUGUUUGCAGGGUUCUCACUUUGCGGGGAGUCCUUUUCAGCAGCCCCAGCCACAGUUGCAGCAGCCGCAAUUACAGCAGACAGUGAGCAUGCAGCAGGCGUACCGUCCCCCAGGAAUGCCGCAGCAGUCAUCACCUUUUGGGGUGCCUGUGGGGGCUCCCAGUGGGGCGACGGUGGGCGGCGGCCCCCUGAGCACUCAGCCAAGAGCCCCCGCUGUCUCUACGAAUCCCUUUUCCUCGAUGAGCCAAGCCAAGUGGGCACCAGUUCACAUCGUUUAA